GCAAAAGUAACACUGCGGACACGUUUGGCACUGCUGCGACUGGUGGCAGUAUUGUCGUUCCAGAUGGUGGUGCAGCUGUGACAGGGAGUCGCUUUCGACUACCUCCAGGAGGUGUUCUUCCAUCCUUGCACAGCGAGAGGCCCAUCGCUGCUGAACCAAGACCUUAUCCCAAAGCAAGCACCCUGCAAAAUAUCCUGGGCCCUGAUGGUAUUGACUCUCUCGCUGGCGCAGCGGACUACGGGCAGUUGUCAGCGGCUCCUGGAAAAUCCACAAGCACUCGCUCCAAAGAGGCCAACAUAGGUGAGAGCAUUGAGGCUAAUGGAGAGAGGCCAGAGUGGGAAAGCCUUUUUGAUGACCUGCAAGACGAGCCAGAGGUUCAGAGUUCAGCCCAUGGAGAGGAUUGGAGGCCUGGAAAUGCGGUCGGUCCUGAUUGGGACCAGCUCUACAAGAGGCUUCCAAAUGCCAAAGCUGGUGGCGGAACUACUUCGACAAAUGGAAGGUCUGACAACGAUGGCCUUGACUAUGGGGCUCUGUUCAAUGGAGUGGGUGACCCAGAUGACGACUUGCCGCCGCUAGUUUCUUCCGAGCAGAGGGCACCUGGCCCAUCAGGGAGCAUGGUUGGACAAAGCGCGCCUGCAUCCCGCCAAGUCCGCCAUGAAGGAGUUCAGAACAGCAGGGAUAACAAGCAGGAGGAUCCUCCAGACGAGGAAGAGGCACCAACUCCACAGCGAAGGCUUGUGUUUGACCUGGAUUCCAGUUUGGUGGAUUUGGCAUGCCACUGGCAGAAGUACAGCAUCCUUGGGCACUUCAAUCUCUCGGGGCAUGCUGACGAAGGGGUUGAGGCCUGGGGAGAGAAGCUGCUUCCCAAGGGUGUCUUGAGUUUGGCCGAUUUUCGAAAUCACGGCGUUGAACUGGAUCUGAGCGACACACAUGUUGUUGCUUCUGGCUUUCAAGAACUCGAAGAGUUUUCUGGUGCCAUCAAGCGAGACAGCACUGUGACGUCUUUGAGGUUGACAAGAGCAAAGAUUGGUAACUCUGGAGCCAGCUGGAUUGCAGGAGCUUUGAUGCGAAAUCAAGCUCUAACUGAACUGGUGUUGAGCAGCAACGGGAUUACAGAUGAAGGAAUCGAUCCAAUUGCUGCGGUUCUAGACAGCAACAACGUGCUGAAGAAGAUUGACCUUUCUGACAAUCGCAUUGGGUCAAGGGGUGCCCAGCAACUGGCUUCUGGCGUAUCCAGGAACAGGUCUCUGACCGAGCUCAACCUGAGCCGAAACAGCAUCGGCGAUCAGGGUGCAGAGGAAUUUCUGGCAAUUUUGGACGUGGCGGUGCGGCCGAAACCUGCAGUUCUGCGGGUUCUGGACCUUUCUGGCAAUUUAAUAACAAGGCCAACCGAAGAUCGCCUGAUGUCUGCAUAUCACCGCAAUAUCACGGUCUUGAACACCCUGCGGCUCUCGGAGGCAGAUGGCCAGGUGGAUCCUGACAAGGGAAAACCUCCGCGCUUUACAGUCGUCUGCACCCAGCAGGGUAUUGAAGUUCGCGCGGGGAGACCAGGGCCCAGAGCUCAAGUCAGCUGGGAACAAGAUCAAGGUGAUGUUGAAAUUGUUCUCAAACGCCCAGAAUUGAGAAGAACCGACUCAACGAUUGUGGACGUUGGCUUUGGUUAUCGUAGGCUGAAGGUCACUGUCCGUGGAGAGCUCUUAAUGGACAUAGAGCUUGCAGCGCGUAUCCGACCUGAUGACUGUGCCUGGACUGUCGGGGAUGGCUACCUUCAGGUGGUUCUUGCAAAGGCCGAAGUUGGAAGAUGGCAGUCCCUCACUGCUUGA